AUGGUAGGACUACUCAUCAAUCAUGGAUCAAAAGUAAAUGAAAUAGAUAUUUAUGGCAAAAUCGCUCUUCAUUAUGCUGCUGAAUGCAAUGAUGAAAAAGUAGUUCAACUACUAAUCUCUCACGGUUCCAAUAUCAACGCGGUAGAUAAUGAAAAGAAUACUGCUCUUCAUUACGCUUGUCAUGGGCAAGAUUCUGUAAUGGCAGAGCUUCUUAUUUCACAUGGUAUAAAUCUUAAUGUAAGAAAUAAAUAUGGAUUAAUUGCCCUUCAUAUAGCAAUGGAUCUGUUCAAUCAUGAAUUAAUAAAGAUUCUCAUUUCGAAUGGAGCCAAUGUUAACAAAAAAGAUCCUGAUUUAAAAACACCCCUCCAUUAUAUUCAAUCUGAAGAUAUUAUGAGCCUCCUUAUUUCAAAAGGUGGAGAUAUAAAUGCAAAAGACAAAUACAAUAAAACGCCUCUCCAUUAUGCUGUAUACAAUAAUCAAAAAGAUAUUGUAGAAUUAUUUGUUUCACACGGUUCUGAUCUCAAUGCAAAAGAUAAUGAUCUGCGUACAGCAUUACAUAUUGCUGCAAUGAACAAUAAUAUAGAAAUUAUAAAUCUUCUGAUUUUCCAUGGUGCUGAUGUUAAAUCUAAAGAUAGGUUUGAUAAAACAUAUCUUAAUUAUGGACUUUUUGAAGAAGAAGAAGAAGAAAAAGAUGAUAAUACAAAUUAUGAUUCGUCUUCAUCAUCUUAUUAA